UCCCGCACUGCUCUGCGAGCGCCCUGUCCUCAGGCGGCCGCCAGAUAUGUCUUUGCAGGACUCCACUCUUUCCAGAGAGGGGAGCCCAGAGGAAGAGAUUAUGGCUGCUGUGGUUUUUUCAGUUGGACCUCUGAAGUGAUCAAGCUUAAUAGAUGACAUGGAGAGAAAGAAGAUGUUUAAGACACAGUGCUUGGCUGUAGGGUGCUUACAGUCUCACUGAGAGUCCUGAAGUUCCCCAGUCAAAUGAAGAUCUUCACCUUCAGGCAGAAGAACAAGAAUUGGUAAAGGAAUCAGUGACAUUUAAAGAUGUGGCUAUAGACUUCACAUUGGAAGAGUGGAGGUUGAUGGACCCUACACAGAGGAAACUGCACAAGGAUGUGAUGCUAGAGAAUUAUAGGAAUCUUGUCUCCUUGGGGCUUGCAGUUUCCAAACCAGACAUGAUAUCUCAUUUGGAGGAUGGAAAAGGACCAUGGGUGGUAGUGAGAGAAACUUCAAAAACCCGCUAUUCAGAGUUGGAGACCAAACCUACAACCAAGAAUGCUAUACCAACAGAGAAUAUUUCUGAAGAAUGUUUAUCACAGGAGACCAUAGUAAAGAAACUCAUAGAAAAUGGUCUAUGGGACACCAAAAUGGGAGGAUUAUGGAAAUGGAGUGACAGGAUAUUGAGAUUGCAAGAUAGUCAAGAAAGUCAUUUGAGUCAAAGAAUAGUUAAACACAAGAAAAUUCCCACUCUUCAAAAAGGCUUUAGAUUUGGAUCUGUUCUUUUUCCAGAACCAGGAGUUAUCACAGAAGAGCCCCACAGCAAAUACCAAACACAUGAGGAAAAUUUUACAGAGAAUUUAGAUUUGAUUACAGAUACCCAUCUGGGGAAGAAAAUGUGCAAGGAUACAGAAGGCAACAAAGUCAUAAGCCCUGCUUCAGAACUCACUUUAGAAAAAAAAAACAAUAAUAAAGAAAAACCCUAUAAAUGUAGUACAUGUGAAAAGGCCUUCCGUUAUAGGUCAUUACUCAUUCAACAUCAGAGAACUCACACUAAAGAAAAACCUUAUGAAUGUAAUGAAUGUGGGAAAAUGUUCAGCCAGCCUUCAUAUCUUAGUCAACAUAAAAAAAUUCACACUGGAGAAAAGCCCUAUAAAUGUAAUGAAUGUGGAAAGGCCUUCAUUGCUUCUUCAUCCCUCAUGGUGCAUCAGAGAAUUCAUACUAAGGAGAAACCUUAUCAGUGCAAUGUUUGUGGAAAAUCUUUCAGCCAGUGUGCCCGCCUUAAUCAACACCAGAGAAUUCAAACUGGAGAGAAGCCCUAUAAAUGUAGUGAAUGUGGGAAAGCUUUUGGUGAUAAAUCAAAACUUGCAAGACAUCAGGAAACUCACAAUGGAGAAAAACCCUACAAAUGUAAUGAUUGUGGGAAAGCCUUUAGGAAUAAGUCAUAUCUUAGUGUACAUCAGAAGACCCAUACUGAAGAGAAACCAUAUAAAUGCAUUGAGUGUGGGAAAUCUUUCAAGAAUACCACAAUCUUUAAUGUUCAUCAGAGAAUUCAUACUGGAGAGAAACCCUUUAGAUGUAAUGAGUGUGGAAAAGCCUAUAGAAGUAAUUCAAGCCUUAUUGUACAUAUAAGAACUCAUACUGGGGAAAAACCCUAUGAAUGUAAUGAAUGUGGGAAAGCGUUCAAUCGUAUAGCAAAUUUCACGGAACAUCAGAGGAUUCAUACAGGAGAAAAACCCUAUAAAUGUAACGAAUGUGGGAAAGCAUUCAUCAAUUAUUCAUGCCUUACUGUACACCACAGAAUGCAUACAGGAGAGAAACCUUAUAAAUGUAAUGAAUGUGGAAAGGCCUUCAUGCGUUCUUCAUCUCUAAUUAUACAUCAGCGAAUUCAUACUGAGGAGAAACCUUAUCUCUGUAAUGAAUGUGGGGAAUCUUUCAGAAUAAAAUCACACUUAACUGUACAUCAGAGGAUUCAUACUGGAGAGAAACCAUAUAAAUGUACUGACUGUGAGAGGGCAUUUACCAAGAUGGUAAAUCUCAAGGAGCACCAGAAAAUUCAUACUGGUGUGAAACCCUACAACUGCUAUGAUUGUGGAAAAUCCUUCAGAACUAAGUCAUACCUUAUUGUACAUCAAAGGACCCAUACUGGAGAAAAACCAUAUAAGUGUAAUGAAUGUGAGAAAGCUUUCACUAAUACAUCACAGCUUACUGUGCAUCAAAGAAGGCAUACUGGAGAAAAACCCUAUAAAUGUAAUGAGUGUGGGAAGGUUUUCACAAGUAACUCAGGCUUUAAUACCCACCAAAGGACACAUACCGGGGAGAAACCAUUUAAAUGUAAUGACUGUGGCAAAGCAUUUAGCCAGAUGGUACACGUCACAGAACAUCAGAAAAUCCAUAGUGGAGAGAAACCCUAUAAAUGUGAUGUCUGUGGAAAAGCCUUCAGGAGAGGUUCAUACCUUACAGUGCAUUGGAGAACACAUACUGGAGAAAAGCCCUAUACAUGUAAGGAAUGUGGGAAAGGUUGUAUUACUCUAUCACAGCUAACUCUACAUCAGAGAAUUCAUACUGGGGAGAGGCCCUAUAGAUGUGAAGAAUGUGGAAAAGCCUUCAGAACUAACUCAGACUUCACUGUACAUCUGAGGAUGCACACUGGAGAAAAACCCUAUAAAUGUAGUGAGUGUGGAAAAGCCUUUAGGAGUAGCUCAAGCCUUACUGUACAUCAAAGAAUACAUCAGAGAGAAGCUCAAUUAAUAUAGAGGACAGAAAAUUAUCAUCCAGAUAUGACAAGAAUCAUAAACUGUAUAUUUUAUGAAUGUGGGAAAAUGUUCAGGAGCAAUUUGCCAGAAAGUACACACUUCAUAAAUAUAAGAAUGUAGAAAAGCAAUUGGUCAUAUUAAAUCUUAGAAGUUAUAAGAAAAUUCAUAAUAAAAAGGGCAAAUGAAAGCCUUCAUCCAAAUUUCAUAUUUCAUUCAUUUAACAAAUUAUCUUCGAUGAAUUGCCUAUUUUUUUUGCUGAUUUUCUUAUUGGUUUAUAUUUCUUAUAAAUCUGGAGGUGCCCUUAAUAUAUUUGAGAUAUUAAUCAUUUGACAUAUGUGUUGCAAAUGUUUUUCUUAACCUCGUAUUUGUCUUUGUACUUUUUUAUGUAGUAAAAGAUUUUUAAGUCUUUAAUUUUUCAUAGUAAAAUAUUUACAUCUUUUCCUUUUUAUAUUUUUUAUUUACUCUUUUAGCAAUCCCCAGGUUAUAUAUAGUCUCCUAAAUUUGUUUGUAAUAUUCUGAUAAUUUUAUUUUUUACAUUGAAGUUUUAAUCCAUCUGGACUAGAUGGCUCUUCAUAGAAGAACAACUCCAAAUGCAUUAACCUAUGAAAAUAUUAUGAACCUAAAUAAACAAUACUCAGGGAAACGCAAAUUGAAACAACGAAUGAUAUGUUACUUCCACUUCAUGGAGUUGGCAAAAAUUAAGAGAUCUUUUGCUAGUGGAGUUUGGCAAACCAUAUACUCUUACCAAAUGGUUAUAUCAACUUAUAUUUCCACCAGCAAUCCAGCAGUAUGUAUUUUUUUUAAUUCUUAAGUAAAAUUUUAAAAGCACUUUGACCCAGCAGUCUCACUUUUGGGGAAUCUGCCCCACAGAAAUAAUAGCAUCAGUGCAAAAGCAUAUGCAUAAAUAAGGGUGUUUAUUAAAGUAUUGUUUGUAGAGACAAAGAAGAAACCCAACUGGAGACAAAGUGAAUGCCAAUUAAUAGGGGAAUGGGUGAAUAAAUUUUGAUAUAGCCAUACCAUGGAAAAGUAUGAGAGUAAUUUUUAAAAUGAGUUAUAGCUACACUAGUUGACUUCAAGGUAUUUCCACAAUUUUUUGAUAAGUAAUUGCUUUAUUACAGAGAUGUAUAUAUACAAGAUUUCAUUUUUGUUAAAGUAAUGGUCACAUGCAUUUAUAUAUGCAUAUAUGUGUGCAUGUGAUUAGAUGAGCAUGGAAACAAGUAUGGAAGAAUAUACAUCAGGCUGUUAAUAUUGGUUACCUUGAAGGGAGGGAGAAGAGGAGAAGCAGUAAUAUAAGUGGGGGGGGGGAAACUAGGAAAAUAGAAAAAUGUAAAUGCAGUAUGUAUGGUAUGAAACUAUGUAUUUGUGUGAACUUUUGAUAGCCAUGAAUGAAGGGACAGUCUCCAAAAAGUUAAUGACAGUUGUUUUAGAUUUGUUGCAGAAUCCAGUGUUUUUUGUUUUACCUCUCUCUGCUUUUCUGUAUUUCUCAGUUUUUCUUUCCAAUGAGCAUGUAAUAUUUAUAUAAACAUGAAAAACCUAUUUUUCUUGUGAAGCUAAUUUACUAGACACCUGUGAUAGCCCAGGAAUUACCCUAGGUGCUGGAUAUACCUUGGCAGGGCAGGAGUGGUCAUGGAUCUAAGAGCAUGGAAACUGGUCUUGGUACCACCUAGAUUCCAAAGAAGUUAUCCAGCACUUCAGGACCCCCCCACCCCCACCCUCUCAGUUUCAUUUGGAGGAGGUAAUAGAAAUUUCAGGUAGAUGAAAAACAUAUCCGAGAAUAUCUGGAAAUUGUGUCCAGGUUAUAGACCAGAAGACUUGCAAGCUUCAGAGACAAGUUCCACUUUCAACAUGGCACCAAAGGAAAGAUCACAGUGGUGUAAAGGUCUGUGUACAGCCCCGCAGAACACUGUGUGAUGGAGUAUAGAGAGGGAAACAGCCAAGAACUCCAAAGUCCAUGUAUAAAAGCUUGGAAGUUCUGGAAAUACUAAGAGAGUCCUGGAGUCAAAAUGGGAACCCUGAGGCUGUGACCCUGGUACUGGAAGGCCCUAAGAGACCGUGGACCUAACAUCUGAAAAGGACAAGGCAUGUAGAGCUACACUUCAGUGGAGACUGAAGGAAAGAAUAUCAAAUACUCCUCCCACAAUGCUAGGAUAAGUCUUUAAUAUUGGGAAGGGGAUAUUGGGUGACUGAUGUGAGCUGUCUCCCAUUUUAAAAUGAAUAAUUUGAUAUUGUGGUUGAAAUGACUAUUUCUGAUUGAAUUAUAAUAGUGAAAUUUAUUAACUAUUACCAGGAGAUGUGUCUACUUUGGACAAAAUGUACCACUUUCUGAUUGGAAAGUUUAAGGGUCUGACCUUAAAAUACUAUCCUUGAGAAACUCUAUUGUCAAACAGUCUACAUGACUUGAUGUCAACUUUUUUGGCUGCUCGUAUCUACCUUCAAACCCUCACCACACAUAAACCCCGUCUCCCUUCCGUGCCUUAGAAGGUAGAAGAGGAGUAAGGUCAGCAGGUUCAAGUGACAUAAGAACUGAAAGGUGUCCAUCAGGUUAGGGGAUGGAGAUGAUACAGGGCACCUUUACUAGAGCAGUUUCCAUGAACUGCUAAGGUGCCAAAGCCUGGUUCCAGUGUGUAGUGGUAUCUCACUAUAGGUUUAAUUUCAUUUCCUUACUCUCUACUGAUGUUGAGUCCCCUUUUAGGUGUUUAUUGGCUUUUGGAAUAUCCUCUUUUGAGAAGUGCCUGUUCAAGACUUUUGCCCAUUUUUAUUGAUAACUCUUUCUGUUUAUUUUUAGGAUUCUUUAUAUAUUCUGGAUACAAAGUAUUUUUUAGAUAUUUGUAUUACAAAUAUCUACUCAUCAGCAUCUUGCCUUUUCACUCUCUAAAUGUUGUCUUUUGAUGGACAGAAGUCUUUAACUUUGAUGAAUAAUUCAACAAUCUUUUCUUUUAUGAUUACUGCUUUUUUUGUGCCUAGUUUAAGAAAUCUUUUCCUAACCCAAAGUCAUAGGAUAUUUUCCUACAUUUACUUCUGCAUAGCUACUGUUUUACUUUUCAGUUUUAGGCUACAAUCCGUCUGAUAUUUUUAUAUGGUGUGGAGUAGAGGUCAAUUUAAUAUUUUCCAUGCAAAUACACAAUUUAUUCAACAUCAUUUGUUGAAAAGACCAUCUUUUCCCCUCCCCCUUGGGUACCCUUGUGAUAAGUCAGAUAGUCAGAUUAUGUGAGGGGGUCUAUUGCUAGAUUACCUAUUCUGACUCAUUGUUCUGUUGAAUACCAAAUAUUUUUAGUGAAAACAGGUUGAUAGUAAAUCUUGGCAUCUGGUGCUAUAUGUCUUCUAAUUUUGUUCUUCUUAUUCAAAAUUGUCACUGUAAUUCUGUGUCCUUGGCAUUUUCAUAUGCAUUUUAGAAUGAUUAUUUUUUCAGUUACUCCACCAUAAAAAGUAGGGAUUUCAAUGGAUAUUACAUCACAUAUAUAGAUUAAUUUUGGAAGAAUGGGUACCUUAGCAAUAUUGAGACAUCCAAUCUAUGAGCAGGCCAUACCUUUUCAUUUAUACACAUCUUUUAAUUUUUAGUAAUUCUUGUAUUUUUUCAAUAAAAUUUUGAAUAUUUUGUAAGGUUAUUAUAUAUUUGAUGUUUUGGUGAUUCUGUAAAGGCUAUUAUUUUAAUUUCAUUUUCUGACUUUUGCUAAUAUAUAUAAUACAUAACUAUAUAUAAUAUAUUAAAUAUAUAAUAUGUAAUAAGUAAUGAUAUAUAUAAUAGAUUUUUUUAAACUGACCUUAUAUCCAGUGACCUUCCUAAAAUUCACUUGUUAAUUAUAAUAGUUUGUUCAUUCUUUCGGACUUGCUACGUACACAAUAUGUCACCUGUGAUAAGGUAAAAUCUUUCUUACCUCACCCUUUCCAAUAUUUAUGCCAUUUUUGUCUUGCUUUAUUGCACUGGCUAGGACCUUCAAAAGUAAAGAUUGUAGGCAUCCUUGCCUUUUUCCCAGAAUUUAAAGGAAAAUCCUAAACAUUCCAUUAGAAAUGAUAUGAGGUAUAAAUUUGUAGAUAAUCUCUAUCAGAUUAAGGAAAUUCUCCUCAAAUCCUAGUUUGCUGAGAUUUCUUAUCAUGGACAGGUAUUGAAUUUCAUCAGAUACGUAGUUUGUAGCUAUUGAGAUGACCGUAUGGUUUUUCUCAUCCUGUUAAUGUGGUUGAAUUAUGCGGAUUGAUUUUUUUAUUUUAAAAAUUGUGGUAAAAUACACAUAACAUAAAAUUUACCAUCUGAACCUUUUUUUUUUUUUUUUUGCGGUACACGGGCUUCUCACUGUUGUGGCAUCUCCCGUUGCGGAGCACAGGUUCCAGACGCGCAGGCUCAGUGGCCAUGGCUCACGGGCCCAGCCGAUCUGCGGCAUGUGGGAUCUUCCCGGACCGGGGCACGAACCCGUGUCCCCUGCAUCGGCAGGUGGACUCUCAUCCACUGCGCCACCAGGGAAGCCCCAUCUGAACCAUUUUUAAGUGUACAAUUCAGUGAUAUUAAGUACAUUCAUGUUGUUGUAGCCAUCACCACCAUCCAAAACUCUUCAUUUUUCUAAGCUGAAACUCAAUAUUCAUUAAACAAUAACUCCACAUUACCUGCUUCUGUUAGUCCCUGGAGACUAUCAUUCUACUUUCUGUCUUCAGUCUGUCUCUGUGAAUUUGACCACUUUAGGUACCUUAUGUAAAUAUUAUUCUUUUGUGACUAACUUAUUUCACUUAGCAAAAUGUUUUCAAAAUUCAUCUGUAUGGAUUGAUUUCUGAAUGUUAAGGCAACCUUGCAUGCCUGGAAUAGAUUCUAUUUGGUCAUUAUAUAUUACCUUUUAAAAAUAUUGUUCAAUUAGAGUUUCAAAAUUUUAUAUCAGAUUUUAUGUCUAUGUCCAGAUUGUCUUGUAUGUUUCCUUUUUUUUAGUAGCCUUGUCAGGAUUUAGUGUGUGGGAUAAUGCUGGGCUUGUAAAAUGAAUUGGUAAUUACUUUUCCCCCCUCUGGAAGAGUUUGUUGUUAUUUCAGUUGGUAUUAUUUUUUUCCAUAAAUCUUUUCUGUAAAAAUGAACAGUAAAGCCCAAUGACCCUGGAAUUUUCUUUGUAGGAAAGUUUUAAAUUAUAGAUUCAGUUACUUUGAUAGGCAUAAGACUAUUGAGAUAUUCUAUCUCGUGUCAAUUUUGCUAAGUUUUAUUUCUAAUUUGUCUAUAUCAUUUCAUUAAAAUAUCUAAUUAUUGGCUUUAAGUAAUUGAUAAUGCCUGCUUGUUAUAUUUUUAAUCUCUGUAGGAUCUAAAGUGAUGUUCCCUUUUCAGUCUUGGUAUUGGUAAUUUGUGUACUCUCUUUUUGUUUUCUGUGUUAGGCUCUGUAGGGAUUUAACACUUUAUUAAUCUUUUCAAAGGCCACCUCUUAACUAAUAUACAGCUAAUUUCUUUUUCAUUGACUCAUGCUCUUUUAUUUUCUUCUAUCUACUUUAUUUGAAUUUGAUUCAUUGUUCUUUUUCUAGCUUCUUGAAAUGAAAUCUUAGAUAAUUGAUGUUCAACCUUUCUUUUUUGCAAAUAUUUAAGUCUAAAUUUUUCUAUAAGUUCCUAUUUAGCUUCAUCAAGUAGAGUUUUUUUUAAUCAACUUUAUUGGGACAUAAUUUACACGUAAUAAGUUGUACCAGAUUUAACUUUAUAUUUUGAUGAGUUUUGGCAAAUUUACACACCUGUAUAACCAUCACCAAAAUCAAGCUAUAGAACAUUUUUCAGCACCCCAAAAUUGUCCCCACCUCUGAUUCCAAGAAACCGUUAAUCUGCUUUCUAUUGCUAUAUUUUAGAAUUGUCCUUUCUAGAGUUUCAUAUAAAUGGAAUCAUAUAGUAUAUACUGUUUUCUUUCUACUUUCUUCACUCAUGAAUUUGGAGGUUCAUUCAUGUUAUGUGGUUGGUACUUCAUUCCCAUAGUGUUAAUAUACUACAGUUCAUUCAGCCAUUGAUGGACAUUUGUAUUGUUUCCACUUUAGAGCUAUUAUGAAUAAACCAGCUGUGAACAUUCACAUAUAA